CCGCCUCGCUGUAGUGUGCGAGUGUCGGCGCAUGGACCGAGCGCCUGUGGAGUGACCCUCCGCCCAGAGGCUGCAGGACUCGAGCGGAUCCUCCGUGUCUCCGGUGAGAUCCCGGAGGAUCACCGGGCCGUCCGAGCAGCUGUCAGCGAGCCAGCCGGAGAGACGGGGAACAGGAUCGGGAAGCAGGGCGAGGCGGGCCCCGCGGAGCCGGUGGAGAAGAUGGCCGGCAGCCCGGAGAAGAGCUCCACCGCGCAGGAGCUGAAGGAGCAGGGGAACCGGCUGUUCCUCUGCCGCAAGUACCAGGAGGCGGCGACGUGCUACAGCAAGGCCAUCAACCGUAAUCCAUCAGUGGCGGUGUACUACACCAACAGGGCCCUGUGCCAUGUGAAGCUGCAGCAGCAUGACAAGGCUCUGGCAGACUGUAAGCACGCGCUGGAGCUGGACAGCCAGUCGGUGAAGGCCCACUUCUUCCUGGGCCAGUGUCACCUGGAGCUGGAGAACUACGACGAGGCCAUCGGCAACCUGCAGAAAGCUUUUAACCUGGCAAAAGAACAAAGACUGAAUUUUGGAGAUGACAUCCCGAGCGCCUUGCGCAUCGCGAAGAAGAAACGAUGGAAUAACAUCGAGGAGAAACGCAUCAACCAGGAGAACGAGUUGCACGCCUACCUGACGAAACUCAUCCUGGCUGAGAAGGAAAGCGAACUUGAAGAAUACAAAGAGAAACAGGACAACAAUCAAAACGGAGGCGACGGGGCCAAGAUUGCAUCAAAACAUGACAAGUAUCUCAUGGACAUGGAGGAGCUCUUCUCUCAAGUAGAUGAGAAAAGAAAAAAGCGGGAGAUCCCAGAUUACCUGUGUGGUAAAAUCAGCUUUGAGCUGAUGAGGGAGCCCUGCAUCACACCCAGCGGCAUCACCUACGACCGCAAGGACAUCGAAGAGCACCUCCAGCGAGUGGGUCAUUUUGACCCGGUCACCAGGAGCGCCCUGACCCAGGACCAGCUGAUCCCCAACCUGGCCAUGAAGGAAGUGAUCGAUGCCUUUAUCCAGGAGAACGGCUGGGUGGAGGACUACUAAAGGACCCCCCCACCCCCCACCUCCCAUCCCUCCAUCAUAUCCAAACCCGGACAACACGAGACUGUAGAGAACAGACCACCCCUCGCCUGGAGAUGUACUUUAUAUACGAGCGGUAAAGCCACACAAUGGACGAGCCAAUGAGAGCCCUGCAUCUCAUUCUGCCUCCUCCUCCCCUCAUUGUAUCUUUGCUGUAAGACUCCCGCUCCUCCCUCCUGAGGCUCGUGUUCAUGGCCUGCUGCUCCCUUUAAGAACCUCUUCAUUCUGCUCUUUCUAUUCGUGUUCUCUCACUCCCCCUUCCCUCUCACGCUGCACCAAGUCUCUCGAGCCUGACUCCCUUCUUUAAAUGCGGGGCCACGUUCUCAGGUCUGUCUGGCUCCCUCCCUCCUCUCUGCCUCUGAGGGCCACAGUCCUUGGAUAGCAUCAGCAUUGCACUCCAGUGUUUCACAGAAACCACCAAUAUUAGCGAAAGACAUCUUACACACGUAGUUUAACACAAAAGUACAUUUUCCUUUUACUUGGCGUUUACUCCAGUAUUUCUUGGUUAUUUUUGUAUGAAACAUUGAAGUGUUUGCCCACUUUUUAAUCACAUUAGCUGAAGUGGUACCUGAAAUGCCAAAAAAAACGACAACUUCUCAACGAGAAUGACUAGUUUGCGUGUAAGUUUUACUUGAUACUGUCUCUUCUCCACCUCCAGGUGGCGCUCCUCGCAUACCCACCCAUGUCACCAUGCUGUAAUAUUUUUUGAAAAUAUAUAUUUUGUUCUUUGCAUAUCAAUCACACCCCUUGACAGACAAUUUAAAUAUGUUGAAUGUAUGCAUAGUGCUCUUAGGUUUAGACCUGACCUACAGUAAUUCAUAAAUGUUUUCUCUCAAGAUGAAAUUGGGUUUUCAUGCAAGUCGACCUUUGAACGGGAUGCAGAAAAUCAAUAGAAAUGACCGCUGGAUAGAAAAUGAGUUUUCACAUAGCUGGAUAGAAUUUGAAAAUGUUUGCAUAUUGUUAUCUGGCAAGAGUUGUUCAGGUCGAAGCUCCAAAUCUGCUUCGGAGAACGGUCUGUGCCGUCUGUCGUUCAUAGAAACAAAAGAAGAAGUGCUUGGCCGUUGUGUUUGGCUCGUGCUGUUUGCCAUGAUGAAUGAUCGCGGACGCUCGCAUCAAGCAUGCGGCGAAUUUGUUCUUUUCCUAUGCAAAGGCAAGAGGUAGAUACCUAUUGUGUUUCCUCUUUAAGCUGUUCACUCUGUGCACCGUGUAAUGUCCCAGCUUGCAGCAGCUUAUGUCAGCCGGUCAUCAGCGUGAGACUCGGUUCAUGUUCCAGUGUCUCGCUGCAGGGCUUUGGGGUUCAUCGCUGUGCCGUCCUCCUCCUGGGGGAGAAAUGCUGCAAGAGUUAUGACCAUUUUAUCGCAUCCAUACCUCAAGUCCACGUUUGUAGGCGCUGGUUCACGGGCCUUCUCCGAAAGACACAUCUUCAUUUAGCAUUAGUUUACAGGUUUUCCAGCCGAAGGCCUGUCUGUGGUGAGUCGGGCCUGUCUGUGGUGAGUCUGGCCUGUCUGUGUGAGUCGGGCCUGUCUGUGGUGAGUCGGGCCUGUCUGUGGUGAGUCUGGCCUGUCUGUGGUGAGUCGGGCCUGUCUGUGUGAGUCGGGCCUGUCUGUGGUGAGUCGGGCCUGUCUGUGGUGAGUCUGGCCUGUCUGUGGUGAGUCGGGCCUGUCGGUGGUUCCUGUCUGUGAGCAGGCGCUGUACAUAAUGUGCUUGUGUGUCAUAGGGUCGUUUCUUUUUCCUUUUUUCUUGAGCAACUGUAUUAAAUGUAGAUAUGUUGAUAACAUUAAUGCCUGGUUCAGUUUUCAUUUGUCCCCAUUAAACGGUGAACUUUGA